AUGCCCCUCAACGUCCUUGGACUCCUGCGCCGGCCCCUGUCCCGCACCCCGUCCAAUGCCUCAAUCGACUCUGCGUUCUCCUCCACCUCCUCCUCCUCAACGCACACCUGCAACUGUCCCUCCUGCCCCUCUUCCGUGUUUCCGUCGUCCUCUUCUUCCAUGCCCUCGAUGGCUUCUCACUCCUCCGGCCUGACGCACGCCACGCACGCCUCGACAGCUACCUCCUCAACCGUCGACUCUACCCUCUCCACGGACUCCAACGGCUCCAGUGGCAGCGGCAAAUCGCGCAGCUCGGCCCGCUCCGCCGCCUCCUCGGCCAAGCGGAAACUGAGGAUGCUGUACCGCUCCAAAUUCCCGAACGUUUAUUACACGGACAAGGCUAUCGUGUAUGUCAAGCCGAAGAGGAGGACAAGUAAGCGGAGUAUUGGCCACCCGAGGCCGCUCGUGAAGAAGGGUCGCUCAACGGUGGUGCGCUAUCGUACUCCCACGACGGAGGAGAGGAGGGAGGAGGAAUAG